CAGCCAUUUUGAGAAAGUAACUCAGUGAGAUCGAAGAUAGUUUGUGUGGAAAAGUCGUCCUAUAUUCGAGGAACAAAAUGCCGAAAAAAGCCAAGAAAGCGAAAGGAGGAAAAGGAAAGAAAGGAGGGUACGUUUUGUUGCCAUAAAUCACAACAGAUUUACGCUUUUGCUUAUUCGAUUGUCAGCUCUAGCCCUGAGACGAUUGGAACUGGGAAAACAGUGCCUUACUUCUUGUACUUAGUACACUUGCGUUUGUCAUUAAUAUGGCACGAGAGGCACAUAAGUUUCUUUGAGUUUUUUUUUAUGAAACUUAACGCUAGUACACUUUCAAUCGAUCUGAGAUCAAAACAUGUAAAGAGGAAUUACAGUAUGAUAAAGGGGUAAACUUCUAAAGAAACUGUGUUGCUGCGUCGGGGAGAGUAUAGCAGGGUAAUUUAGUGCUAUCAACUGAGUUGAAAACGUAAAUUGGCCACUGUAAAGAAUUCAAAGGCUGACGUUUCGAGCGUUAGCCCUUCGUCAGAGCGAUUCGUCAAACCGAUUCGUUAGCCAAUCUGACGAAGGGCCAACGCUCGAAACGUCAGCCUAAUGUUUGACACUAUUGGACAUGAUAAAAAUUUGUUUUGAUUGAAUGAACCAUAAAGAGUCUUCUACAUGAACUGAGUACUUAAGUUAUAUCAAAGUAUGUCAAUGGAUACAAGCACGGUAUAAAUUAAAUUUUCGCUAUGAGAUCAAGUUAGAAUUACAUGUAAGUGAGAAACUAUAUUAUGGUGGAUUACAUGUAAGGAAUUAUGAACUUGGGUAUGUUUGGUUAAUUGACAGGAAGAAAGGUAAAAAAGAAGGAAAGAAGUCCAAGAAGGAAUCAGUUCUCAAAGAUGCUAUGGCUAAUGCCAAACUGUGGGAAACUAAAUUGGAAGCUGUGGAAAAAUCUCGACAAGAAUACAGGUAAAACUUACCAGUGAUGUUUCCAUUACCUUUUGAUAGUGUUUGUAUGAUAUAUGAAUAGUUUUUUUGCAAAGUUUGUGGUGUACUUUGGACAUAUGCUGUAUUGAUGUGGGUAAUUUUACACAAUAAUUUGGUUUUAACAACUGAGUUGAUAAUUCUUAUUGGCCAGUCUAUAAAGAAAUUCUAAAUUUGGCUUUUUGAGCAUUAGCCCUUUGUCAGAAUGUAUGUGAAUUUAUAAGGGUUUGCCAAAAUCCCCUGCUCCUCAAAGGGUAUUUUGGAUGUAGAAAAUUUUUUCAUUCAAAAUUUUUCAGGAAACAACAGAAAGCUUUUUAAGGACCUUUGAUAUCAAGUUUUUACUUCAGGGCCAGUGAUUGUCAAUGAAGAGAACCCUCAACCCCAGGCUACUAUAUGCAUCUCAAAGGCAUCUUUGCCCAUCCCUGUCAUUUAUUUCUGUACAUUGUCCACCCCUGAUAUUUGCAAGAGUUAAAUGGCUCUGAGUUUGCCUGAUAACCUUUUUGGAUUGAGAGACAGUUAUAUUGUGAAUUUAUAGGGUUGCUGUAAUUGCUGCAUCUUCAAAUCCCCUAUCUCCUCCUCAGCCCUUCAAUUUUUCUUAGAGCACAGCCUUGACUUAAUUAACAAUUAGCAUGUUCUUUAGGUAGAUAUCUUUUAUUUUAAAAAUGUACGCAUUUGAAUUAAAAAUUAUUUUUUAAAACAGAGAAAAUGCCAAGCGCUUGGUGUAUGAAAAUGAUAUUUUACAAAUGCAAAUGGCAAGCACUGAGAAGGACACACUGGAUGUUAUAUCUUAUCUAAAACAAGAAGACAGCAAGAAAGAUGAUCAGGUAUUAAAUUGAUAGCUUCUGUCCAGACAGUGUGAUAAAAACAUUUACAAACAACCAAAAAACAAAAACACAAUAAUAAAAAAAACAAUUUUGUUACAAAAACACUGUGACCAUGUUCUACCAACUGGUUAUUAAGUUUUAUGGCAAAGAUGACGUAGUCUCAUAACAGGCCAUCUUUAGCAAAUUGCUUUAAUUUUUUUUCCUCCAGGACAAAAUGUAUUGCUCUGACAUUCAAUAAAUUGGACAUCAAAUGCAGCUGUCAGAAUCAAAAUUCCUGCCAUAAUUUUAAGUUGAUGUUCUGUUAAGGAAAAGGCUAAAGAUUGAUGUAGUUUUAAUUUAUUUCAUGCGCAAUUAAACACAUUCUUCUUAUCACUAAUUGUUCACUAAAUUUAGUAACAUAAUGGCUAUGAUUUACAAGCAGAGUCUCAAUGCUAUAAUUUCAGGUUUCCAAGCUUCAGCAGGCUCUAAAGGAAGUAAAGAGGGAGGCAAGAAAAGAACGGCAAGCUCUUGUGAGUAAUAUACAAUGUAUUUUGGCUUGAAGAGAAAAAAAAAAAAAAAAUACUGUCAUCUAGAAACUUGUCAGUGUGAUCCAAAAAGUGCUAUGUAUGGAGCUGACUGAGACACAACAGUCUCAAACCACUUAAACUAAUUUUCUUUCUGGACCAAAGCAAUAUAAUGACUACAAGAAUGAAACAAAAGCAUCAUUUCAGUACAGUGAUAUUGGUAUGCAAUGUACAAUGUUACCAUUACAUCCUUUUCUGCUCCAUGAGGCACAUACAGUGUACAGUACAUGUAUAAAGACUUCAUUUGUAUUAUUGUAGAUUUGCUGUUAGAACUUGUAAAGUGACACAUUGGUUACCACCCAACUGUUACUAUUAACUACAAAUAUAUUGCUUCUGAGAAAAAAAUUAAUUUUGUUUAUGACACUCUUACACUGUAGGUUGACGAAUAUUCACAGCAGAUUCACCAACUGCAGGAAUCUCUGGCAGAGAAGACCAAUGAGGUGAAUUUUUUUUUAACUUUUUACUUUUCAUUUAAAAAUAUAUAUAUUUUUCAGUUGUUUACAUGUACUAAGUAUUGUUUUCCAAAAUAAAGUUAAGGUUUUCCCCUUUGUUUGUCACAUAGUGCUGAAACAGGGGAAAAUCAGAGUACUUUCAAACCAAUUUAGCCUCGAGUCAUUAAAAACUACAACAUACAUUUAAACUACAUGUAUAUACAUGAGUUUUAAUAAGUUUUGAACAUCCUGUUAGGUGAAACUGAUGCAAUCUGAGCUAAAACUUGUGAAGGAAUUCAGACGGAAGAGAGCCCAGAUGCAGCGGGAACUAGAUGAGGUACAUGCUUUUUUCCUCUGUCUUUAAAGAUGUGAAAAUGUAAUUUACUCUUGGUACUGUUGUAUCUUAAGGACAGAAAUCCAUCAACAGAUCUCAUCCUUUAAAGAUCCUGUGUUUGGUUUUUAUUGCAACUACUAGAAAGGGUGAUGUACAUUGUACAACAGUUUAAUAGCUUCUCACUGGCUAAUUUUUAAUUAUUGAACGAGACUUAACAAUUUAAAAUGUCUUUUCCAAUUAUGUAUAACAUCCUCUUUUACAUGUCAAGUAGGUCAGUUACCUUGCUCCACAUGCAAAUCCCCCAUAUGCUGUCUUGAAACAGUUGGCACCUCAAUUUGGGCAAAAAAACAUUACUUGAUUAAGGCAUGUGUGUCCCUGUAGUUCCUAAUUGAUCAACUGAUUGCCAAAAAGUGGAAAUAUAAGUGUGACUCUUGGCCUUUCUGCACCAGCAAAAAAGUUGUUUAUUUAGACAAAUCUUUUUUCAUCACCAACAUUUAACAAGUGCAGAUGGUUUGUCAUGACUUAACAAAUUUUGGCUGAAGUGGACAUCUUCAAAUCCACAGCUGACAAAACUUGUUCUUGGUAUUAAAACUGGACAAAAUGGAGUAAAUAAACAAAACCAUAUAAACUUGUCAAUCAUUUGUUGUAAAAGCUAUAACAAUGCUUAAUUGAAAAAACAUUAGUGUACUAGAAACUAUGGCAAAAAUUGUCUUUUGUUGCAAAACUCUGGGAUUCUAAAAUUUUAAAACAACUUUUAGGAUUAAUCCUGGAAAUUGGAGGUGGAAUCCUUUGCCAAACUAUGCUGGUUAGUCUUAUGAACACUCAAGUGCUGGCUGAAUUUGACAUGCAACAGCUGAAACAAAAAUUUUUCUUGACAAAAUUUGUCUUUGAUUUAGUCAGGAAAAGUCUUGUUUUGUCUGCUUGUGCGGGAAAAUUCUUGUUUUGUCAUUACUUAACAAAUUUUGGCUAAAGUGGACAAAUCUUCAAAUCCACGUUGACAAAACUUGUCCUAGGUAUUAAAACUGGACAAAAUGGACUAAAUAAACAAAACCAUAAUAAACUUGUCAAUCAUUUGUUGUAAAAGCUAAAACCAGUGCGUAUUGAAAUGACAUCAGUGUACUAGAAACUAAGGCAAAAAUUGUCUUUGCUGCAAAACUCUGGGAUUCUAAAACUUUAGAACAACUCAGGAUAAAUCCUGGAAAUUGGAGGUGGAAUCCUUUGCCAAACUAUGCUGGUUGGUCUUAUGAACAGAUCAGGUGCUGGCAGGAUUUGACAAAUUUGAAAUUUUCUAACACAGAUGCAACAGCUGAAACGAAAAUUUUCCUGGACAAAAUUUGUUUUUUAUUUUGUCGGGAAAAUUCUUGUUUUGUCUGCUUUUGUGAAAAGGCUCUUUGUCAGGUUAAAUUUGAAUUCUGGGCACAAUCUGUAGUUGAAUUGUCUGCACAAUAUCUCUUUGGAAUCUUGAAAUGGGACAAGUGUCAUAAGCCUGUACUGUCCAAGAUCUCUUUAGUAAUUCUUCUCACUGUCUGCCAUAGAAUUCUUAAGAUGCUACUUCUGAGAAUUUGAUACUGGAUCAACUAGAAAAUCCUCAAACUUAUAUUUUUCUUUUUAUUCUCAUCACCUGUCUGUUUGAUAUUGUAUUGAUAUUGUAAGGAGAAAUUCUGUCUUGGUCACUCAUGGGGGUUAAAGGAUAACCCCAAAUAUUCAUUUUAUGGUGAAAAAAUUAAUGAGGUUUUUGGAGCAGAAGUUCUCAAUCAAAAAAAAAUUUAUUUCUCUCGUAAUUAGAUAAAGGAGAGCAUGUUUGCUACUGAGAGACACCACAAGGACACUUUGCAACAAAUGGAACACAAGUUUUUUGAAGAAAAAGUUCGAUUACAGCAAGAAGCAAGUAAAAAGAUUGCAGAACUUGCAGAGAGAGCUCAUUCAGAGGCCAUCAGGUAAAAACAUUUAUUUCCAAGGACACAUGGACUAAUUGUAGGUAGAGGAGGUGUAUUUGACCUCCUUUGGUUGGAUAAAGUCAUGAUAAAGUUACUGUUAGAAAUUGUAUGAUCUUUAAAAGGUAAAAUAAUAAUAAUAAUGAUAAUGAUAAUGAUAAUAAUAAUAAUAAUAAUAAUAAUAAUAAUAAUAAUAAUAAUAAUAAUAAUAAUGAUAAUAAUAAUAAUAAUAAUAAUGAUAAUAAUAAUAAUAACAAUAAACAGGAAUUUAAUUUUUUUGCAAAGUCCAGGAAUACAUGGUCCAAGGUCCUCACUUGAUUAAAAUUUUAAAUAAGAGCCAUGAUGUUAUUUGAAAUAAAAAAUUAUAAGACUGAAGAUUGUGGAGUUUGGUUCAUAACAAUCCCAGUGAUAAACACUACAUGUACCUAUAGUGUAUAUGUGACUUAGAUUAAUGAAGAUGGAGACAGAAAUUAGUGACACAGGAGAGAGGAACUAACAAUUUAGUAUGAGGGGAAAUAGAAAGUCUUCAACAAGGAAACAUACUUUACUAAAAAAAUCGAGAAAAAAAUAUCACUUUAUGAUAACGAAAAUCCACACCAUGGAAACCCUGGUGUAAAACCUCACAGGUUCGUAGGGGAUCUUUUAGGAUUGUCGAAGACCCGCCAAAAUCUUUAAAAACAAGUAUCUUUAAAGGAUUCUUAAAAGGCCCUUAAGGAUUAGUUAGGAUUCGCAAAAGGAUUCUUCGAGAUCGUCAAGGAAAAAACAAGAGUCGUUCAGAAAUCUUAAAAAGCAUCCUUUCAAGGUUCUUAAGAAGAUCUUUGUAAGGAUCGCCUAGAAUUUAAUCAGUAUCUUACAAGGGUCUUUUUAAGAAUUUUUGCAAGAUCUGUGCAAGGAUCCGUCAAGAUCCUCAAGGACCUUAAGAAUUUAAUGAAAGUCUUUCAAAAUUUGCGUUGAUUUCGGGAAACAUUACAUCUUGUGAGCUGUUCUAGAAGUCGUAGUUCCAUCGUACUACUAUUGAUAAUACUUACAACUAGGUUUAAGCCAUUCUUAUGUUUGAAUUCUUAGUAAUCUUGAUGAAACAACACGAUCCGUAUACAAAGAGAAUGUGCGUUUAAAUGCUGCCUUGGAUUUCCACAUUAAGGAAGGACAAGAACUAAAGAAGGUUGGUCUAUAAUAUUAAUUUGUGUAAAAAAAAUUGUCAUUAAGGCCUUUUUUGGUGUCAAAUUAUGACAAUCCUAAUAAUAAACGUAUACAUGUAUGCCAUAUGUUUCACAUGUUUGUGUUUUUCCUGUUCUUGACGUCCAAGAUAAUUUUGUUUAUAUUGCAUUUUUUUAAAGGAAAAAGAAGCCUUGAGUACAAAGACUAGCAGUCUUUUAUCUGAGAAGGUAUGUUUGAUAAACCAUUAGGCAUAGUGAUGUUGAGUCAGCUUUAUCUACGCAAAAUGUGAGAUUUCCGUUUCUUUAAUUAAAAGUCGGAAUUCUGAGCCGAAUAUAUUUUGCACGACAAGAAAUCGCGGAGAAAGUCGAGCGUUUGAACUUACGCAGCAAAGCUCACUGUGUUUUCCAAGCGCGGAAAUACAGAUAGUGUAAGAUUUAGCAUAAGGGUGAAUGGAGGAAAAAGCAAUUUUUUUUACGGAAAAUUUGAGUGUCUUUAACGUUGAAUUAUAGCGGAGCGCGCGAAGCGAAUCCUCAUACUUUUAAAAAAUGGUAGAAAUAAAAUUACGUAGAAUCAUAUUUUAGGGGAUAAUUGUCAUAAAUAAGCAGUUCUAUAUAUUGACGGUAAUUUUUUUUCGUCCUUUGUAUGUGUUUGUGGUAAUCUUGUCCUCAUAAUGUUUUCUUUGUAUGUUUGAUAUACGAAAUAUCCUCUCAGUUUCUAUGGGUUUGGCUCUAAUCAGUACUGAGAAUCUGAAGACAUGUUAUGUAAUACUUACCUUUCAUUAAAUUUUGUUCAUCACAGGAGCUUAAUGGUAUGAUCGUGCAAGAGAAAAUUGUUGAAAGCAAGCAACAGAAAAAGCAAAUUGAGGAGGUAUGAAGGUUUCCCAGUUCUCUUGCGUCGUUUUUCCACGUUGACUACGGACAGUGUAUAUUUACAUCUUAAAUUCAGAAUUCUUUUUAACUUUGUACUUGCCAACUUUUUGGGGUGGAAAGUGUACAAAAUUUUAUCGAAAGAGUGCUGUAAAGAUGAACUGAUCGUAUCGAUGGUUCUCACGUUGGGCCAAGUUUGUUUUUCAUUACAAAUGCUGUUUGGAAAAAAAUCGGUAACGUGCAAAAUUGUUUGACAGGCAAAAACGCUUCGAAAAACUGUGUGCUCAGAGCAUGAUGGGAUUUGGGUAAAGAGAAACUCACCCCGGCAGUCUUUGGUUUGUCAUUCGUGCCGAGUAGUCGCUCGAUUUUCUAGCUUCAAGAGAAGACUUCCGAAACAUAUCAAUCCCGCUCUUUUAAUUUACGGUUAAUUUUAUCACAAUGUGUCCUUUAAUGGGUCGUAAAUAAUCAUGGGUCUGUGUGAAUGCUCCUAUCCCUUUCAUAAUCUAUUUAAUGUACGUUCGACCAUUUUCUGUAGAAUGACUUUCUCUUUCGAUCCUCAAACUUAGCUCCAAGAGAAGGUGAAGACAUUGGAAAAAUCUCUCAGUCACGUGGUGCGUGAAUUUGAGGCAGAACGAGCGUCCUUGGUGCAGAAGUCAGAGGAUGAAACCAGAAGUAGUAGGUAAGAAGUCAGUGUAAGAUUUGAUACGGUUCUGUAGAUUAAGGGGAAAUUGUUUUAAGUUUCCGCACUGCCUUAAAGACGUGAAGAUUGAAGCUAAGGGUAUUUCUUUUAUUCGGUCUUUUUUAGCUGUAUUUUGUUUCGUUGGUUUUUGUUUUUGUUUUGCCUUGUUUUUGUUUUGCCUUGUUUUUGUUUUGCCUUGUUUUUGUUUUACCUUGUUUUUGUUUUGCCUUGUUUUUGUUUUGCCUUGUUUUUGUUUUGCCUUGUUUUUGUUUUGCCUUGUUUUUGUUUUGCCUUGUUUUUGUUUUGCCUUGUUUUUGUUUUGCCUUGUUUUUGUUUUGCCUUGUUUUUGUUUUGCCUUGUUUUUGUUUUGCCUUGUUUUUGUUUUGCCUUGUUUUUGUUUUGCCUUGUGUUUGUUUUGCCUUGUGUUUGUUUUGCCUUGUUUUUGUUUUGCCGUGUUUUUGUUUUGUCUUGUUUUUGUUUUGCCUUGUUUUUGUUUUGCCUUGUUUUUGUUUUGCCGUGUUUUUGUUUUGCCUUGUUUUUGUUUUGCCUUGUGUUUGUUUUGCCUUGUGUUUGUUUUGCCUUGUUUUUGUUUUGCCUUGUUUUCAAAUCUUCAAACCAGUAAAUUAUUCAUAUUCAUGUUUUGAUAUCAUGUCCACUUUCGUUUCAGAGCUGAAAUUUCGAGGCUACAGAGAAUAGUAGAACUUAAAACAAAAGAGAUGAAUCGUGUCAAAAGACUGGCGAAAACUAUAUUAGAUCAGGUGAGAUGGUUCGGACAUGUUCAACUGCUCAACGUAUUAAUUAUUUUAUAUCUAAAACGGGUUUGAGUUCAGCGGCAUCGUUAAACUUAAUUUUGAUCUGUUUUUUUUUCUUUUGUAGCGAACGGAAGUCGAACAGUUUUUCUUGGACUCACUGGAAUACGUCAAAAAUGAAAUUAUCAGAAACAGGUACUGAGAUGAGGCAACAUGUUGAUGGAAAUGUCGUGACCCUUGUGGUUACUCAGAAAGUUGCAUCAGCAUUUCGAAAAUUAUUUGAAUAGAACCGUCAAUUCUUUAUGCUUUCCUCUCUUGAACAUUUGAAAAUAAGGAAGGCAAGAAUCGUUGCGUAAAUGUUUUAAGGGUAAAAUCAGCUUUACAUAAUAGGGGAAAAGUUCAAAACGCGCCAAAAUCUGCAGAAGAUUCUGUGUUGAAUGCAAUCAGUAUAAUAUCGUAGUGAGUGGCCAUGAUCUAUGUUGAUAAGCCAAAAAAUUUUUUUUUGGAAAAAACGCUUCAGAAAAGUCUUUAUUAUGUUAAUUUCAGCUUUCUCAGAUUGUUCUAACGGUUUUCCCGACAGCCCUCAAAAUCCGUAAAAUCGAUUAGAAAAUCUCUCUAAAUGUCGGAGGACCAUUAGAAGUCCAGUUCGGCUUAAAAAAUUUCAAAUCUACUCGUUUUCGUACGCGCGACAAAACAUAUUAUAACAUAGCUAGUAAAUUUGUCUAAUCAAAUUCAAUUGCGCGAGCGUGCUUCCUAUUCCUAUUGUGCACGCUCAUGACGUCAGCAAACAAAUCCCUCGAGAAAAAAUUUCCAUCAGGUUGAAAAUGUUCUAAAACAAUUGGUUCAUACGUCAUCUGUACGUUCAUCGAGAUAUGAAGCCCUUGGGAAGUUUGGAGAUCACUCAAGAAGCUACGCCUCGAGCAACUCUUACGCAUCUUUCGUGCUCCAAACUUCCUGCGUGCUUCAUAUCUCGAUGAACGCACGCUGACGUAUGAACCAAUUGUUAAUUAUAUCAUUAAAAUUUCAAACAUUUGAAUUAACUAAUGAGCGCGCGCCUUAAAGUGAACAACAAAAAAAACAUGAAACAAAGUCCGUAAUUGCACACGCCAGGGCAAAAGUACGAAGUUAGUUCUGUCAAAAUUUUUUUUUUAUUAAUUCCUUAAAAGCAGAAAAGGUCGCAACACAGAUGGUUAAAGAGAAACGAAAAAUAAAAAAAAUGACAAAGAAAGAAAGCAAUGUUGUUUAGAAGGAUGUUGUCUGAAAUUUAGGGCACAAACAUCGCCUUAUUUUGGUGGAGACUGGGUUUCCGCUUAAAAGAUACUGUGAUAGUACCUCGAAAAGACUGAACGUAGUUUGUUUCAAAUCCUUUUCUCAUUUUCAGCCAUUCUUUCUUUUUAGAAUACAAUAUCGAAAAGAUGCCCAAAAUGCCUACCAACAACGCAUGCUCGAAGCUCACGCUGGCCACAGUGAUUUCCCGCGCGUCAGAACCUUCCGCCCAUUAGACAGCAGUACAAACAAUGUGUUUGAUGACCUGAAGGAGGCCGAGCGGUGGACUGGGGUCCAAGGAAAAGUUGACAUGUCUGAGCUAACCUGGGAACAACGCGAGCGGAUUUUAAGGAUGUUGUUUGCGAAAAUGAAUGGUUUCAAAGAAAAGAGAAGGUACGGUGUUUGCCAUUAUUCGAUGGUAUCGUUAGCCGACGCGUAGCCUUACCCUCCCCCCUAAGGUGAAACGGGCUGUGGGGGAGGGUGCGGCUACACGUAGACUAUGGUAUCGCUGGUAUCUAUGUAACGUUUCCGUUAUGUAUCACUAUCUCUACUACCCAACGGGAGGGUAACAUGACGUACGAGAGUAAUCAAACAAUACCCAACUUUGUUUUCCAUUAAUACGUCAUUUUACUAUAUUAGCGCAACAGAACACGCAAGAUAUGCGACGGUAUCACAUUGUUGAGCAGUGCAAAAUACGGACGGAAAGCGAAGCAACGACAUGGCCGCGCUUUUCAUCCUUUAGGUUCGACUGUUGAAGUGGAAAAAGGUUUUUUUCGUUUGUCAACAUUCUGCCCUUUCCUUUUAUUUUCCCUCGCUUACGGAAAAUAUUGCGGUACUCGCAGACAUCGGCUUGUGUUGUUUACACCAUCUUACGUCAAGUGUAUAUUUUUGCAUGUCUUCUUAGUGAGCAGUUUUUUUGCGUGCGUCAAAUUCUUGAACAGGGUUCAAGAAUUUAGUUCAUCUCUGAGUGUUUCCUUCUUCUUUCGCUAGACCUAAGGCACCAGCACUUGAGCCAACGCCUCCAGAUUCCCAUUCAAAAGCUCUACCUUCCGAGCAGACACAGAAAGCAAUGGGAGACAGCACAUUCCUGACGCAGCAAGAUGUGGGUGGCCCAUCACUCCCUGCGGCCCUUCCACUCCCACCCGUUGCUGGCACUCAGACUCCGACUGCGGGUACUGUUAGUUGAAACAACGAACUUGAUACAGACAGAAUCAGAGGUUACAUCUCCUUACUUAAAAGAGUGAUGUGUCGAAGAGAUGUUGAAUAGUGUGUUUAUAG